AUGAAGUUUUUAAUAAUUUCGACUGCUUUAGUAUACUGCUCAGCGGGUCCAUAUGACAUGACCCUUCACUACAAAAAGAACCCGGCGCCAGACGGUCACAGAUGUGGAAUAUGUCCCACUUAUUUUCAGAAGAUCUGCGCAUUCAACUUGCAAACCAAUGCUACAUACAUAUUCGACAAUCAUUGCAUUAUGGACCUGUACAAUUGCAUUGAUGGCACAGAAUUCGUCCCCAUUAAUUACGACAAAUGCCUAUAUUUCGGCAAUUUCGCAUACGUUCAUGGAUACAAGUAUGAAGAUGAAGACUAUGAUGAGGAUCAUUUCAUUGUGAAGGGUUCAAAGAAAAAUCCUGACUUUUUCCAUGAC